AGUUCGGCCAGCGGAUUGCCAAUGUGCUGUACCCCCCACCCUCACCCCCGCGCGUGCUCGCCUGCCCGCCCGCCCGCGACCUGUAUCGCAAGCUUUCAUUGAGCAGGAGAGAAUGAUCGGCUCUCGGAUAGAGCAAAAAGCCGUGUAGAGAGAGGGAUCCUCCGUUCACGUCGGAGACCUGAUCGUGUGCAGAUCGCGCACCUCUCGGGUUCUGCUCCUUCCUUGGUGGUUCAUCUUCAGCGCGUCGUGGUGCGAAGCGCCGAUCGCCUCCGGCCGGGGUUCCUCUGCCAUCAUCAUAUGGUGCUUGACUCCAGCGGGGUCCUCAGCGGUUCUCAGAGGUGACGCGGGAGGCAGGGGUCGCGAUGACAGACGGCGAAAAGGUUGAGAGUCAAGACCCGCUUAGCCUUAGCGGGGGCGAGGGGCCGGCGCAGGAGAAGAGCCCCGGGGAGGUGGAGGAGAACAAGAAGAGGAACGGGGAGAGCAAGGGGGCCGCCGCGGAGAAGGAGUCCUUCGAGCCCCCCGAAGGAGGAUGGGGGUGGGUGGUCAUGCUGGCGGCCAUGUGGUGCAACGGCUCCGUGUUCGGCAUCCAGAACGCGUUCGGCAUCAUCUACGUGUCCCUGCUGAAGGAGUUCGGCUCCCCGGACGACGAGGACCUCCGCUUCAAGACCGCAUGGGUGGGCUCCUUGUCUAUGGGCAUGAUCUUCUUUUGCUCGCCCAUCGUCAGUGUCUGCACGGACCUGCUGGGCUGCCGCAUCACGGCCGUUGGCGGGGCCGCCGUGGCUCUCGUGGGCCUCCUGGGCAGCUCCUUCGUCACAUCCCUGGGUCCAAUGUACUUCACAUAUGGCAUCGUGUUUGCUUGCGGCUGCUCCUUCGCCUACCAGCCCAGCUUGGUCAUCCUGGGACACUACUUCAAGAAGCGCCUGGGCCUGGUGAACGGCAUUGUGACGGCAGGCAGCAGCCUGUUCUCUGUCGUGCUGCCCCUUGUGCUGAGGGCACUGCUAGAGCGUGUUGGGCUAGCUAACACGCUGCGGGUGCUCUGCAUCUUCGUCUUCAUCCUCAUGCUGGCUGGCUUCACCUACAAGCCCCUACUGCCCCAGGUCACCAUCAGCAGCAAGGCUGGCCGCCGCUGCCCACCUCUCAGCAAAGUCUUCAACGUUAAGAUCUGGAAGUCUGUGGGCUACUGCAUCUGGGCCUUCGGGAUCCCGGCAGCACUCUAUGGAUACUUUGUGCCUUAUGUUCACUUGAUGAAGCAUGUGGAGGAACGCUUCGGGAAGGAUGUCAACAAGGAGGUGCUCCUCAUGUGCAUCGGCGUCACAUCAGGCCUCGGGCGCCUCAUCUUUGGCAGGGUGGCCGACUAUGUCCCUGGUGUCAACAAGGUUUUCUUACAGGUGGCGUCGUUCCUGGUGAUUGGUCUGAUGUCUAUGAUGAUCCCGCUAUGUAACAUCUUUGGCGGCCUCAUUGCUGUCUGUCUGCUCAUGGGCCUCUUUGACGGAUGCUUUAUCUGCAUCAUGGCACCCAUCGCCUUUGAGCUGGUGGGAUCUCAGGAUGUGUCGCAGGCCAUUGGCUUCCUGCUGGGUAUGAUGUCUGUGCCCAUGACUGUGGGACCACCCAUCGCAGGAUUCCUGCGGGACAGGCUGGGUUCCUACGACGUGGCCUUCUACCUCGCUGGGAUCCCUCCCAUGAUAGGCGGAGCCACACUGUGCCUCAUCCCCUGGGUGGAAUCCCGCCGCAAGAGGAGAGCGCUCAAGUCCGAGGGUGAGACGGCACAGUCCAUGCUGGAGCACAAGAACGACAGCAAGUGUCCGGUGGAGGACGCUAGCGUGGAGAAGACGCCAGACCCUGAAUCUGUCAUCUGAGUCACAUUUUGUACACACACACACACACACACCCGUCAUAUUCGCAGAUCUCGGACCGACUGCUGUCGCAGUGAAAGUAAGGAGGAGAUAUGAAGUAGUACAACAUCCACGCAUCCUACUUAAAUGCACAACUGAAAUGAAUGUGAUCAUAAUGAGCUAUGCAUUACCGUGCUUUUUCCAUUGUUCUUCUGGCUACUGAAAAGUGGGAAGAAUGGAAAAACGUUGCUACUUUUGCAGGACAGGUACUGUUUUUACAGCAACGAAAAAUAGGUAAGAAAAGUUGCGUAAUGUAAGACCAGGCUAUGCAUUAUAACUCGACGUCUUCAUUAGCAAGUUUUUAAUUGGAGCUUGAAACGUUUCUUAUUGAAAUGAAACUUGAAUCGGAAGACUCAAGCCAGGAUGGAGCCGUCAGGAGCAUUCUUAGGUGAUGCUCUCACCGAGGGAAUGAGCCGUAGGGCCCACCACACACUUCCCCUGGGAACUCCCCAACCCGAAUGCCUGUGAGAAACGCAGAGUGUGUGUCGAACCUUUCUUUGGCCAAAGAGACUGGAAUUAGCUGUCGCACCUCCAGUGUGCCCUGGUACGCGCCACGUUCACCAGGAUGUACCGUGCACUGGAGCAGGCUAUUACCAAACCUUAAGGGACUGGCACAUACAGUGUCAUGUAUUGAUAUGAAUCGCCAGGUCGUCAUGCAGCACAACUGAGAUCCAGGCAAUGCCUAAGGUCGUGAAAUUUAAAAAAGAACGCAAAUGCUGCUUGCGCUUUUUGGGAAAGAAACCUGCAUUUAUUUUUUCUACGUGUGUCAAAAGAUGGAGAAAUUAGUUUUUUACUACAGUGCGCAGCGUGGUUUUGGGAGGCUUUAAAAAAAAUAUUAGUAGUUUUCAGCAUGCAGUGGAUUUGUGGAAACUAUAACCUGAGCUACAGUAUCACUUCAAGGAAGUGUGCUCUGCAUUAGAGGGCUCUUGGAAUUGUGUGGAAUCCUGUUUUUGCCAAAUAUUGCAGAGAGGGCACGUGACACAGUGCAGGGCCACCCAGUGAUCCGUGCCCAGCUUUUCCGAGCCAAACUCACCUUUAAUGCUUUCUCGGUGUGCGCGAGUCGCGAGCCUCACCUUACUUUUACUGACUGGAAACCCGACCCUUUGUGGUAAACGCGGUGUGCAGGCAUGGUACGGGAGUUUCAGGCUUUCGCUAUGCAAUGUGGAUGUGAAGGAGCUCUUAUGUGACUGAUAACAAGCAGCAGAUGAAUUAAAAGUAUUAUUUCAGUCAGCAAGCGAGAUGUGUAAAGACGUACCGUCUUAAUAUCUGCACGUACCAAAAGACACGAUUGUACUACCAGCACCAUGGUAAAGCCAGUUUCCGGUUUACCAUAGGUCAUCCGUCUAUAUCCGUCUGAUUCCGUCAUAUUUCAAAAGUGGCAUCAUGAAAAAUUCAGCUGAGCAUUUCUACAAAAUUUUGACCGGCGCUACCGAUUAUAAAUCUAAAUACCAAAAAUGUGUAAAUCAGAAACUAUACCAUGAUCUUAGUUGUAUUCUUAUUUAUUUAGCUUUUUUUUAGAUUUCAGCUUGGCAUUGUUGUGCAUUUUCUGUUUAUUAAAGCAAUUGCCAUAAUAAAUAGGUACUGGCCUUAAAUGUAUUAAACAGGCUAAGGACCUGCGGACAGAGAAUUACAUUCAGCUUCUAAUGGUGCUCCUUAAAUACAGUAAAGCAGUGAUAAUUCAAGAAGGGCCAUUUAUAUUAUCUGCUGUGCAACAUUUGUGCUGUGGUGCAGUUUCUCUUUACCGUCCUGUAAGUUUUGUCAGAAAACUCUAAAUCAUCCCCUGCGUGUUAUUUCUGCAGGUGUCAAAUUUAUAAAUUUGUGACAAGUUUAAUGGAGAAACUCUUUAAAACUGACUCUUUGCCGUUUCUGGCCUGGUUUUGGCAGCGGAAACACAAAAAUCACUUUGAGAGUGAAAAAGAAAAGAAAAAAAAAAUUAUAAUUUGCCCGUCUCAAUUUUCCGUAAAUUUUUCUUUUCUAAAUACCACUUGCAGUACAACCUACCUCAAAAUAGCAUGAGAACUUUUGGAAUUUUGUCUUAAAAUCAGAAGGGAAUAAUUCCAGAACACCAACUCAUGGCAUCGUUUGAGGGAUGAGUGUCCGUCUCAGUAGCAUUUUACAGCUGCGGAUGUUAAAUAGGCAACAUUCUGCUCAUUGUGCAUCAUUGCAUCAUGACACCGUUAAGAAGGACAGCUUGUGAGACAGCGUACGAGCUGAUGUCCAGCUUAAGGAAAAGAUUCUUCAUCGUGAAAAUCCAGAUGUAUCACAGUUGCGUCAGGUGUACUGGAACAUUUACAUAAAAAGCCAGUAAAGAAACAUUUAUAUUGUAGUGCCAUGAUACUUGAAAAUUUCUGCAAAAAUUAUAUUCAACAUAUAGCUGCAUGAAUUUUUUUGAUUGUGUUAAUGUUGUCUUAUUACUAACAAACAACUGCAAUUACUGAAAUUCAUGUCAAAUUUACCGUAAUUAUAGUUUAAGAAAUGGUUCAUUGUGAAAUGUCAAUCUGAUCUUAUUUCACACCAAUAAAUUGAAAUGUAAUAUGAGAUACAGUGUGGUUAUAUUGGGGUCAAUGUUAUAAGAAAAUUGAAGGUCAGAUUAUUGGUUUUGUGUAUUUCUGGGCUUUUCACAGAAGUUUCUCAUAUAAUACAGGACUCUGAAGAAAGACCAUAGCGUGUUUUAGAAUGGCCUCAAAAAAGCAAUUUGUAUACUAAUACUUCUUUGUUUAUUAUUGUUUACGUCUUUGUUUAUUUUUGUUUAUUUGCAUAUGUUUUCAUUUUUAAAGUAAUUUCUAAAGUUUUACCACAGAAUAGCAUGGUCCAAAAAUUUUAAUACUGGUAAUAGUAUGACUGUUUUGGGAAGUGGCUUGCGGAACUCUACUUUUUCAUAUAAGAUCAUACCCCAGUUAAAGGAACUAUAAUUUCACUUUUGAAAUAGUGACUCAUAUGAAGUGUAUAAUUAUUUAUUCACAUUUUUAAAAUGGGCACAAUUCAGGUACACAGUUUAAAAGGGCAAAUGAUAGAUUGUUCUAAUCCAAAACAUUUAAUAAAUCUGUCAUUCCAAAGAUGUAUCUGACAAUGUUACAGUACUUCGGAAAAUAUGAUGUAAAACUUGUUAAAGUUUACAUGUUUUAUAAAUAUUUCUGCUUUUUAGAGCAGGGGUUCUUAACCUGGGGAGGUGUGAGGUGCCUCCCAGAAAAUUUAUUGCAAUUGCUUCAUCACAGGAUAAAAUUUGAUUGUUUACAAUUAUUUAUAAUUAAAAUUGACCAUUAAUUGCUCAUAUUUAUUUACUAUUAUAUUUUUGUAUGUGUGAGCAGUGAGCUUGUGAUAAAAUCCAUCAUCUUAAUUAGGUCUUAAUUGGGUCAUCGAUUAAUUUUGGGAAGGAUGGGAGGUAUAAACAUUAAGUUGACUUUCAGGUGAAGUAUGAAGGGAAAAAGGUUAAGAAUCCCUGUUUUAGAAGGUGGCAAAAGUCCAAAAACCGUUUAGUUGAGUGUAUAUUAAGACAAUAAACAGAAUACUAUAUUAAUACCAUGCAAGUGUCACUUAACCAUGUUUAUGACUUGCUUAUGCAGUGUUCUGUAUCAUUACCUGUGCCUCCAGGCUGCUGCUCAGUAUUUUAUAUCAAUCAUUAUAACUGUAUAUUUUUAGAUGUUUAUUUUCCUUCAUUUUGUGCCUCAAAUUUUUUUCAAUUGCCAGCAACAUAAAACAAAUAGAUUGUGAUGGACUGGUAUCCCAUACAAGAUAUUACCGGUUACCAUGGUUAACAAUUUCUACAACUAUAACAAUUUCUAUGACUGAUAAAAUUUAAUGACCCUCUUCAGCCUAUUGCCCUGUGCUUCUGGGAUAGGGUCCAGACCACCAUGACCUUCACUUAAACAAGCAGUUAACUUUUACAGAGUGAGAUAAAAACAAAUAGAUGCUGGGAAAUAGUGAUUUUGUGUUUUAGUAAUUAAUGGUCCCCCAUUCCUGUCUUUUCUGGCACACUAUGUCUUGUCCUUCUCACUGAUUUUUGUUUUAUCAUAUGCAAUAUACUAUGUAUUAUGCAAAUUGUAUGACUGAUUUUUAACAGAGUAAAGAAUUCUCAAGCUUU